AUGGGAAACAUUCAGUCUUUCGUGGACCUUGCCGUCAACCGGUGGCCGACCCUUCUUGCCAUCGUAGUUGUCUGCCUUACAGCUGCUUUCGGCCCAACCAUCAACCGUACCAUCCUACUACGGAGUCUGCCCGUCGUGGGAGAUGGAAAUGCAGAAAAGCGAAGAAUGGCAUACCUAGCAGGGGCCAGGAAGCUCUACUCUGACGGAUACCAAAAGUUCAAAGAUGGAGUUUUCACGAUCACGACCAGCAGAACGUCCCCGAUUGUUGUCAUCUCUCCCAAAUUCCUUCCUGAACUACACAAGCUUCCUGACUCAGUCGUGAGCAUGGAUGCUGCCGUUGACGAGACAAUGGAAACGAAGUAUACCAAGAUCGAAACAUCAGUUCCCAUCAUUCCUCACACCAUCAAGGGAGAUUUGACCCCUUCACUCAACCGUUUGAAUCCCACCAUCGCUCAGGAGGUCCGAGAAGCCCUCCAACUCUCCAUCCCAUCCUGCGAUGACUGGACAGAAGUGAACAUCCACCACAGCCUCCUCCGCAUCGUGGGCAUGGUCUCAGGCCGCGUCUUUAUCGGACCCGAGCUAUGCAAGUCUGAAAAGUAUCUCGACGCUGCCAUCAACUACACCAUGGAAGUCAUGGGUGCACAGCGCGCCGUACAGCAGAUGCGUCCUUGGCUACGACCGUUCCUUGCGUCGAGGCUGCCUGCUGUCAAGCGUCUAGACCAGAGAAUCGCGGAGGCUGAGGAGUUUCUUAACCCUAUCGUCAAGCAGAGGGCCGAGGCCAUAGCCGAUCCUUCCGCCGAAAAGCCGGAUGACAUGCUUGAGUGGCUCAUGAAUAGGAAGGACAAGUUUCCAGACAAGAACAGCCAGAACCUCGCCAAGGUACAGCUGGGCCUGACCUUUGCGGCUAUUCAUACGACGACACUGACUGCCACUAACGCAUUCUAUGACUUGGCGGCUAUGCCUGAUGUGCAAAAAGAACUUCGGGUUGAGAUCCGUGAGGCACUCUCGCAGACCUCUGGUGUCUUUACAAGUCAAGCCCUGCAGAACAUGAAGAAGAUGGAUAGCUUCCUCAAGGAGGUACUCCGUCUCCAUCCUGCCACAAUGGCCUCUUUCCAACGCAAGGUUCUUAAGCCAUUCACUCUAUCCAACGGCCAAAAGAUUCCAGAAGGCGUAACAAUAGAGAUCCCCGCUGUCGCCAUCAGCGCAGACUCGAGCGUCUUCCCUAAAGCCGACAAGUUUGACCCUUGGAGGUUCUACAGGCUCCGACAGCAGGCUAAGGAUGACGGGUCGGCCGAGAAGGCGGCGCUUCAUCAGUUUGUCAGCGUGAACCAGAGCAGUCUCACUUUUGGCUUUGGCAGACACGCUUGCCCUGGCCGGUUCUUUGCCGCGAAUGAGAUCAAGAUGAUCCUGGCAAAUACGAUUUUGCAGUACGAUAUCAAGCUGGUUGAUGCUACGGAGAGAUAUCCCAACAUUGAGUUUGCACACAUGUCGAUUCCUGACCCGUCUCGCAAGUUAUUGUUCAAGGCCAUUGAUGUUUGA